AUGGCAGAUCCCCGAUCUCAGCCUGAGCCAGAGGAUGAGGAUGGUGCAAGCCCAGGAGAGCUCCUCAUAGAGGCAGCACGAAGAAACAACACCGAGCUCCUCCAGGAAGUCAUCGAUGGCGCCGGGAGUCCCGAGAAAGCCGCGGUCCUGCUCAACGAGACGAAGACCCCGAUGGGCAACCACAUCUACCACGAAGCCGCACUGCGAGGAAACUAUGAAGUAAUCGACCUGCUCCUCGACCAAGAAGGAUUCGAAUGCGACCCCCUAAACCGCGUCGAAGGCGACACCCCCCUCCACUCCGCCGUGCGCUACAUCAACUCUCUCCCCCUGAACGCCGACACAGCCGAGUUCGCCUCGGGCCUCAUCUCCAUGAUGAUCGACGCCGGGUCGGAUCCACGCAUCAAGAACCGCGCGCUGCUGACACCCUCACAGCUCGUCGACCCGGCCAACGUCGCGCUCCGGCGCCAGCUCGCCGACGCCAUCGACAUCGCGCAGAACGCAGGGGACUUCGUCGAGCAGGCCGACAUCGUCGACGAGGAGGAGGAGGACCUGCCCGACGAGUACGAGGGCUCGGACAGCGAUUUCGACCCGGAGGAGUACGAGCGCGAGAAGGAGCGUCGGCGGAAAGCAAAGGAGAAUAAAGGCCUGAUGUGA